UGACAUCACGUAGCGUGUUUCUGUUUUCAUUUCCCGUCGCCUGCCCUUCUGUUGCUAGAGGUAGAUUCGCAGUGAGGCCUGUGAAAUCAUGGAUUUUAUUUCCAGUAUCUGGAAGACCACAUCGAAACCUGAGCCCAAGGUUCCCGAAGCCGACGCCCCGGACGUCCUGAGCAAACCCGUCGAUGAGGAGCCCAAGGAGACCGUGAUUCCACCGAAGGAGGCGAGCGCGGGCAGCGAUUCGGGUUCGACGUCGGGUCCCGACUCCGAGGCUCCACCGUCGCCCGAAACCCCGAAUCCCGACGUUCAGAACGAGGACAAGGCCUCCGUGGGAACGAGCAUUUCCGUUCCACUCGAAAAUGUAUCUCAGAAGGCACUCGAAUCUGCAAAAUCUCUUGGAAGUUUCCUCUUUUCUGUGGCCAACAAAGCUGGAAAAACGGUCCAAGAAACUGCGAAGCAGAUCAAGACGACGGUGGAGGAAAACAGCAUCCUUGCUGACUUCAACAGAGAACAAGAGUCUUUCGCCAAGACCAAACAGAGGUGCGACAUCGGUAUUCUCCCCUGGGUUGGCUGUGAGGAUGAAGAGAAUGUAAAGCAGCAAGUGCUGUCGCUCUCUGCUGACAAGAGAAAUUUUGUACGAAGCCCUCCGAGCGGUGUGCAGUUUGAGUUUGAUAUGGACACCAUGUCUCCAGUCGCCAUGGCUUUGCUUCAGGAAGACUCCAACCUGGAGAAGAUGAGAUUUGAGAUUGUGCCCAAGUUGAUUCCAGAGUCAGACUUCUGGAGGAACUACUUCUACCGCGUCUCCCUCAUCAAGCAAUCGACACAGCUCAGUGCCCUUGGUGGCCACAACAAAGGAAGCAGCAGCAGCGGCGACUCGUCCUGUGCCUCUUCUCGACAGAGUCCCUCGGAUGACAGCAACAAACAACAUGGCCCGAUGAGCCCCGAUGAUGAGGAGAACGCCCUGGACAGUCCCACCCACGAGUUUGUCUCUGAUACCUACCAGGGGAACAACAUUUCUGUGGAGGAAGUGAAGAUGGGCAUGAAGCAGUUAGGCAUGGGGGACAAAGCAGCAGAUGACGAGUGGGAGAAGGAGCUGCAGCAGGAGCUCCAGGACUACGAGGUGGUGGCCACAGACGCAGCCGCGCACGCCGAUGAUCCGGAGUGGGAGAACGAAAUCCAGGAGAUGUUGGCCUCCGACAAGUGAAGCGGGGGGGGACUUGCACGAUGACGUAUGCAGCGAGCUGUCUGUCGGCGCUUUGGGAAGAAAGAGCUGCCAUUUUCUGCUAGUCUUCUUUUUUUAUUUCUUCUUCCGGACAUUUGUUUUGCCCUCGUGGCCUUUUUUUUUUUUAAAUCACGUGAACAUUUUUUUUAAAACAUUUUUUGGGUUAUUGGCAGACAAUGUUAUUAGAUAGACUCAAUUACCGAACUGCCCGUAGACGCCGCUUCCACCCUUUCUUGUCUUGACUUCUGGGUUAUUGGCAGACAGCGUUAUUAGAUCGACUCGGUUACGGAACUGCCCGUAGGCACCGCUUCCAUGAGCGGUACCCCCCUCUCCCCCCAAAGACUGCCUCUGGUCGUUUGACGCACCACCCGUUAUGGUGUCUGGGACACGUCUCCACCCGGCGUGUAAUCAUUGCGCACAAAAAAGCGGUCCCUCGAUUUUCGCUCGACGACGUCACAAAAGUGUCGCGCCGUCGCCAAACGCGAUCCUGGCGGUGCCGCAUCAGUCGGCAGUGGAUGUGGCAAACGCCUGUUCUGCCGCAGGUCGCCCUCCAACAUUUCUACGACCAAGUGCUAGGAUCGCGACAUCCGACAGUGCGACGCUCCGUCUUUUGCGACGUCAUUUGUGGCCGCUUUUUGACCGCUUUCAAUAUACGGGCAGAAUAGGACGCUAAAUGUUGGAGAUGCAUUCGAGGCACCAUACCGCCGUUGCUUGGGGGAAUGACUGCUACGGUAACUACAGUUGUACAGGUUUUGAAGCACGGCGUCUAGGUGGCGCUUUGCCGUAACGUCCCCGGGGAUUGCGGUUUUUGAAAUGCAGCCUCUAGACUGCGCUUUGUACGGCGGGGGUUGCGGGCUUGGUCCCGUGGAGGGGGUACUCCUCCACGAAAGAGUCGAUCUAGUAACAUUGCUGGCAGGUAGCGACUAGAAACGGCUCUUGUCGGAGGUUUAAAAGAACAAAAGUUGAAAGGUUUGUCUUCCAUUCGUUCGCAGAACACGGAAAAAUGCGGCGAGCUCUCACUUCAAAGAACGGCAGUUGAGAAAAAGUUUUUUUGUUUGACUGGGAAGUAUACCCACGAUGCGGAUCAGUGCAGGUUCUAGGUCAAAAAGGUGCCGUAACUGAAAGGCUGUCGAAUACAAACAGUGCAGUUUUAUUUGGACAUGUCUAUUAAGGCAGUAAGGGUGGUCUUUGGCGAUAUUUCACGGUUUAAGAUGUUACAGAUGCGAGUUCUUUGUUAAACCAAGUUUCUUGAAGUGAGGUUCGGCUGCCUUUAUAUGUAGAGAGCUAUAUAGUAUUACACUUAUAACAAAUAAGCUAGUUUUAGAAUGAAAUGGGUCUAUAUUGCAUAGAAAUAGAAAGCAUAGAGGUCUAUAUUAGCGAGUGCAUGCCCCAGAUCAUUAUUAACAGUCUUAGAAUGAUGAAUUGACUAUACAACAAACUUUCAAUUUAUAAAAAGCUGCAGACCCCCAAAAAUAUAUAUUGUUAGUAUAAUCCUUUUUAGCAUGCUGGCCCACUUGUGUUCUUCAGUCAGUCUGCUAGGAUGCAUAUUCUCUUGAGCCUUGGAUUUCGUGCGUCUCUUGUAAGAGCAAAAGAAUUUGAGAUGUGGACUAAAUUGUUAGCUAAGUAUAUGCUACACUUGUUUGCCGGGCACUUGCACAGUAUGGAAUCUACACAAGCUCCAAACAUAUGUUUCUAUUUGUAAGAAUUCUUCACAAGUGGGUACUUUUUCCCACAGGUAUACUCCGAUUAUUCCGAGCUUCUGUCACAUAUUUUUUAGAUUGUGCGUGACUUGGGAAGUUGUGACGGCAUGUUUCGUAUUUAAUGUCAUGUUCUGCAUUAUUUGGGUACAAUAGAACGCCAAAUUAAUUGUUUUAAAUGUCAUGUAAUUGUUUCACUUUUAUCUGGAAGCUACAUUUCUCCCGUUUGCGUUGACAGUUUGUAUAUAGAGUGUGUAUAUUCGAGUAAACCUGUUACGUAGCACCUGUUCUGAUCUUUGGUGCACAUGUGUGGUACAUAUGGGCAAGAAUGCGUAUGUACAAGUGUUAACUGUUUUAAGCUCCUCUCUUGGAAUGGUGGCUUUCAGACAUUCCACUGCCUUUUGAAGGAGCUGGUAAUAUAUAGAAGCCAUACUUGCUUUUGGCUUUGAACAUUCCUGUUUCUUUUUUUCUUUUGACUGUCCAUUCUUGUGAAGAUGUUUGGCAGAGGAGGUGAGGAGUGAUCUGCUUUCUGGGCAAAAUACACACAUCUUAUGCUGUGUAAUGGCAUGUCAAUUGCAGAACCAUUAAACGGCUAAAUUCAA